AUUGGUAAUGGUCUUAGAUUUAAUAUAGCAAUGUAUAAUAUCUCAAUAAUGUUUUUUCAUGAGAGCAUUUCAAUCAUAUCAGUUCGUGCACAGUGUUUCAAUAAACAAUAGACGGGUUUUUCGAACGCAAAACGUUGUACAUUUUGCAGAUCGAUAAGAUAACUAAUUUCAGGCUAAAUCAGGAAUGUACUUUCACCUCGUUUCCGUGAUCAUUGCCACUUCAUAGAAUGCUCAGUGAUUAGAUCGAUCCGUACUAAACGAUUACAUUAUAUUGAAAAAAAAAAAAGAUUAUUAAAUGAUACUGGCUGCAGUUGUUAAUCAAUUUCAUAACUGUCUAUACUCUAUAUUAUAUUAUAUGGAAUAGUGAGAGGUGGCUAGAAUUAUUAACAAAAUGAUGAACUGCUCGUUGUUUAAAAUAACGAAUCUAAAAGGAUUGCGUGCUAUUAAUAGACAUUCAAUUUAUCAAAGAUUUUCGAGAAAUAAUCAUUGGUCGAAGUACAGCUAUGUGUGUGGCGCCACGAGUGACCCACUCAAAGCUUAUACGAUCGGGGGAGUUUUCAAUGACAACGUACAACAGAUUCCGGACCUAGAGUUCUUGGUUAGUCGACACGAGAACAAACGAUACACAUUCGCCGCCAUGGAUUCCGAGGUGGAUAAGCUUUGUAAGAGUUUUAAUGCCGUUGGCCUCAAGCACGGGGAUCGGGUUGGAAUAUGGAUGCCCAAUUGCGUGUUGUACUUUAUUGCCAUUAUCGCGACAGCUCGCCUGGGACUUAUUUUGGUAAACAUCAAUCCUGCAUAUCAGGCUGACGAAUUGAAACACACUUUAACGCUGACUGAUGUUAAGUGUCUGUUGACCUUGGAGAAGUUUAAGACUCAAAAUUAUCCUGAAAUAUUGGAAAAGGUCGAUCCGGAUAUUUGGAAGCGACCGCCUAAUACUCCGAUCGAGUCGAAAGUAAUGCCCACCCUGAAAUCAGUAAUUUUUGAUUCAGAAAACCAUAUAAACGGUGCCUAUAAUUUACAAACGUUCUUUGACUUGGGUUUCAAUUCAAAUUAUAGUAUUCCUAAUGUUCAACCAGACGAAGGUUGUAUUAUUCAGUUUACUUCAGGUACAACUGGUAAACCAAAAGCAGCAUUAUUGAACCAUUUUGGUCUAAUGAACAACGCCUACUCUAUCAUGAAGCGUUUAGGGGUCCACGAUGAUCUUAUUGAAGGGAAAUCACAUAAAUUCUGCAAUCCAAUGCCUCUAUUCCAUGCUUCGGGUUUAUCCAUCGGCGUUCUAGGACCAUUGAUUAGCAAAGCAGCUAUUUUUUUACCGUCGGCUCAUUUUGACCCAAAAGCCGCGGUCGAUGUUCUUACCAAAGAAAAGUGUACAUUUUUAUUUGGUACUCCGACGAUACACGUUGACAUUUUGUCCGUUUUUGAAAAACUUCCACCUGAACUACAAGAUAACGAUUUGAAGUUCGGAAUAACUGGUGGUGCCACAUGUUCUCCGAUCUUGAUGACCAAAUUCAAUAAAAUGUUCCCACGGGCUAAAAUAUUGAGUUUGUUCGGGAUGACGGAAACCAGUCCCUGUACGUUUCAAAGUUUCUCAAACGAUUCAGAUGAAAAAGUACAGUCGACGAUGGGUUUCAUACAGGAUCAUGUGGAGGCAAAAGUGGUCGAUGCUAAUGGCAAUAUGGUACCGUUCGGGACUCCCGGGGAGCUGUUGAUUCGUGGGUACCUGAAUAUGAAUGGUUACUUUAACGAUGAAGAGAAGACAAAGGAAACGAUUGAUUCGAACGGGUGGCUACACACAGGGGACCAAUUCGUUUUGUAUGAAGACGGAUAUGCCAAUCACGUUGGUAGAUUAAAGGAAAUGAUCAUCCGUGGCGGUGAAAACAUAUUUCCCAAAGAGAUAGAAUACUUUUUGGAGUCUCAUCCUUUGAUUUCGCAAGUUCAAGUAUAUGGUGUACCCGACGAUCGGAUGGGCGAAGAAGUGUGUGCCAGCGUCAUCGUCAAAGAAGGGGCUACGGUUACCGAAGCCGAAAUAAAAGCGUACAGCAAAGGAAAGAUCUCCCAUUUUAAGAUACCCAAAUACAUAUUCAUCGAAAAGGAUGGGUUCCCGAUGACGGCAACGGGCAAAGUGCAAAAGAACAGAUUAAGCGAAAUUGCGUUGCAACGGAUUUCGAGCCUCGCCUAAUAUAGUUUUAUUUAUUUAUUCAUUUUUUACAAUAUGGAACAUCGAACAUGCCUCCUACCCUGUAAAUAAUAAUACACAAAUCAGCGAUAUAAUCAGCUGUGUAUUAUUUCCUUCGGUAUUCAAUUUUAUCGUUUAAUAUGCGUUACCACGGUGAUUGAACAUUUUUAAAACUAUAAAAUAUCAACUGAGAUGUAUUUUAUUAUAGUAUAUUUUGUAUACAUUAUGCAUACUACAGCUAUUUAAGUGAACAGGAAGUCACGCCUUUAUCUUUACAAAGUUCAGUAGGUAAAAAGGCUAAAUAUAAUCUUCAACGAUUUUAAUAAUAAUAAUAAUUUUAAUGAAUAUUAUUUAUUUUACGUUAA